AUGGAAGACGACGCGCCAAAUUUCUCGUACGCCUACGCCGGCUCCGAGGCGCCUUCGACCCAGUCAUGGAAUCCCGCAUUGCGCCCUGAGAACGAAACCGCCGAAGAGCAGUCGAACAAGCUGCAGCCAUCUCCGCAGAUAAUACCCCAGUCGAAACCGUCACUAGAAGAUGGCCAGGAGGAGGAUGAAAGUGAGGAUGAUGUGCCUGCCAUAUCCGAGGUAUCGGCGAUUUCUGCGCCAUCAAACAACGGUGUUUCUGGCCACGAGAGACCCUUAGAAGAGGACUUCUUCAAUCGUCAGCAGGAGCCCGAGGACCCCGAGAGCGAGGAACCAUCUUCCAGCGAGGAAGAAGAGGAGGACGAGGAUGAGGAAGAUGAUGAUGAUGAGGAUGAUGAAGCGGAGGGUGAUGCGGAAGGGACCGCUCUCGCAGCUGCGACAGAACCAUUGACUUUGGGAGAUAAGACUGCGAAAGAGCAAGCUGCAGCCGCCCAGGGCGUACCAGCUGCGCCUUCGGACGAUUCUGAGGAAGAAUCUGAAGAGGAAUCUGAGGAGGAGGAAUCAGAAGAAGAGGAAGAAGAGCACCCCGAAUCCCAAUACGAGCAUCAAGGCGGAAGUACGUUGCUGGAAGAGGCAAUGGCUGAAAGCGAGAAGGCCCCGUUAGUUGCAGAUGUGGAGCCCGAAAGCGAUGACUGGGGAGCUUCUGGCGAGGCCUUCGACCUGGGAGGGAUGCCGCAAGACACGCCUGUGCAGACUCCCUUACGAGCACCUACUCAGACCCCGCGACCCGAGGCAGGCGGCACGACUGUUGGGGACAAUUUCAUUGAAAACACAAGUGUGGGCGGAAACAUGGGGGAGGCCAACGAUGACUGGGGCAAUGGCGACGGUGAUGACUUUUUCGCUGGGGCAGCUCCCAACCAGCCUGUAGAGCCAACGCAAUCUGGCGCUGAAGAGAGCCCUGGUGCGCAUGUGGUUCCGAAGCCGGAAGAAAGCGCAGCGGCUGCUGGUGACUCUGCAUGGGACUUGGAUUUGGAUGAUGAUUUCUUGCCGGAUGCAGAGGAUGCAGCGCCCGUCUUCGAAUUGGAUGACGACGAGGGUUUCCUCGAAGACGAGCCCACCGAGACAACGGAACCGCCUGUACAGCCUGUCUCUGCCCCAGCGACGACACGAUAUGCACCUUCGGACGCACAAGCUCCACAAUCAUCUGUGAAUCCUUAUGGAGCACUUGCUCCACAGCUCACGAAUUUGUCGCAACCGAGUCAAACGCCGGCAAUUCCUGCACCAACUGCUUUGUAUGGCGCCUAUGGCCAGCCUGCUCCAAUCCAGCAAACGCCAGCCAGACCCGAGAUGCCCAGCUCUGCGGAGAGCUUUGCUGCGAAAGCACGAGGGGGUUAUCAUUCGCCAUAUGACCUUCCAGAGGACAUCGUGACUACACGGAGACGAGCAGCACCACGCACGGUGACUGCACCUCCUGCGCCACCGCGAUCCAGCAGUAUGUUUAACUCUGGUGCUCCUCGCCCUCCGCCUCCUUCGAACUUGUCAGCCUCCAGCUUGUCUCCUCCCUCAUCUGGUCACUCUUUUCAGCCACAGAUGACGGGUUUGCCGUCCGGUGCACCACCAAAGCCUGCUGCUCCGGCUAAAGCUCCAUCAAGCGAAUUUUUUGCCGAGCUCCCAGUUACAUCGAAACCAAGGCCAUCUGGAAGGUAUACUCCACAGCCUGCCGCGCCUCAACAGCCCUCAGCCCACGGCUUCCCUCCGAAAGAGCGCACAGCAUCGUGGUCUUCGCUGAGAAACGAGAUCAAACCGGAUGCUGAUAAUUACGUGUCGCAAUUGCAGCAACCAGAGCGAUUGCCAGUCUUUCCAGAGCAACCCACAGCACCGGUGCGGGCCAACAGUCUACCUGUACCGCAAGUUGCUCCGACGCCCCCAUCGAGCCGAUAUUCACCAGCACCACCGUCGGCCCCUGCUGCUAACGCAAGAUACUCACCGGCUCCUCCAUCCGCUCCAGCUCCAAAUGCUAGAUACUCACCAGCCCCUCCGCCACCGCAAGGGCCAGUCAAUCAAGCCCCAAAUCAACAUACUUCUUCUGCAGUAACCGGACCUCCUCGACCGCCUUCACAGAAUUAUCUACCUCGCACGUCCAGCCCGCUCGCGUACCAUUCCACACCACAGCUUUCACAUCCGACGGCACACGCACAGCAACAUGCAUCGGAUGCGUCUCGGCGUUCAUUGGAAGGUGUCACAGAAGAACAACCGCAGCAACAAGUUGGCCCUCCCCCACCAACUGCUAGGACGGCCACACCACCUAGCCGAAGCACGCCCUCGUCUGCUGUGAGUUCGCCAAGGAAGAGGAGCACCUAUACACCUCAGUAUCAACCGAUCGAUGCAUCUAUGGCCCCAGCGCCUUCGCAAACUGAGUCGCCACCUGCUAGCUUCAAGCCGCCCAUUCGAAGCUUCUCCAAUAUGGAGCCACCAGCUGCUGCUUUCGGUGGACCUCUUCAGCCUACAUUUAUCGCGCCAGCAUCACAGAAUAUCAACGCUAUACCUCCGCGUCGACAGCCUUCGCUUCAAUACGACUGUAUCCCACCUACAGAUGAACGUGCAGCCGAUCCGUUGGAGCGAUGGAGGGGUUACCCAAUCUUCAAAUGGGGUUUGGGUGGGACCGCAGUGACCACAUUCCCGAAGCAGGUACCUCGCUAUGGCGGUGGCGCAUCUGCACCAAUGGUGCAAUGUAAUCCUGGCGAGUUACGAAUCCAAAAUGUCAAGGAAGUUCUACCGUUCUCGGAAGAUAUCACGAAAUUCCCAGGCCCACUCAAGGCGAAGAGCAAGAAGAAGGAUGUUUCAUCAUGGCUUGCUCAACGGAUCGGAGCGCUCGAAACACAUUACCAAUCUCCUGGGUUGGAUCAGUCAUUGAGCGUGGACGAACUAAAGCGGCUUGAAGAGAAGAUCCUGCUUUGGAAGGUGUUGCAGGUCUUUAUUGACAAUGAUGGUGUGUUGGAUGGUAACGCUACAGUAGAUGCGGCCGUACGGAAGAUAUUCUCAGCCGAUACCGACGCUUCUGUUGAUGGCGAAGGAUCUUUUACAACUGCGGCUGAACUAGUCGGCAGGCCGAGAUCCAACACUACUGGCGUGCAGGCUGAUCCUGUGGAUCCCAAGGCUGUUGAAGAACUUCGAACCCUCCUUACUAAAGGCGACCGUGAGAAGGCUGUUUGGCAUGCAGUGGACCAGCGAUUAUGGGCACACGCCAUGCUUCUAUCUUCAACACUCAAUAAGGACAUCUGGAAGCAGGUCGUGCAAGAAUUUGUACAAAAAGAGGUCAAGAAGCUGGGCCGCAACAAUCAGGCUCUUGCAGUGCUCUACGAGAUAUUCGCCGGAAAUCAUGAUGAUUGCAUUGAUGAAUUAGUCCCUGCAUCUGCUCGAGCUGGUUUCCAGAUGAUGAGCACCGAUGGCGCGGAUUCGACUCAGAAUGCUCUCCAAGGCCUCGAAAAGUGGCGCGAGACCCUCUCCCUGGUCUUGAACAAUCGAAGUGACGGCGAUCCAGCAGCUCUAGUCUCUCUCGGAAAGCUGCUUGCCAGUUACGGUCGUGUCGAAGCGGCGCACAUCUGCUUCAUCUUUGCGCGGUCUAGGGCUCAUAUAAACGGCGUGGACGACCCCGAAGCCAACAUCGUGCUUGUCGGUGCUGAUCACAAGAAGACCCCGUUAGACCUAGGCAUCGAUUUAGACCCCGUGUUGCUCACCGAGGUCUAUGAGUUCGGAUUGUCAUUGUCUGCACAAGGAGGCUCUCAUAUUAUCCCGCAUCUGCAAAACUACAAGCUGGUCCAUGCAUACCAGUUGGCAGAGUUUGGCCACCGGGCCGAUGCACAGGCUUACUGUGAUGCUAUUGCAACAUCUAUGAAGGCGACUACAAGAGUUUCUCCUUACUACAACGGCAGUUUCGUGGCGAUGCUCGAUGAUCUCAGCAAGCGCCUCUCGCAAUCUCCUAAGGAUGGUUCUUCCUCUUGGCUCUCUAAACCAAGCAUGGACAAGGUCUCAAGCUCGCUAUUCUCAAAGUUCACCAACUUCGUUGCGGGCGACAACGAAGAUGACGCCUCGAAUGUUUCCGCCGGAGAAGCUGGCCCUUUUGCAAAGAUUGCCAGUGGCACGCCAACUAUCAGCCCCGCACAGUCUAGUGCAGACUUAUAUGGAGCCUACUCCGGCUUUGGUAUUACUCCAAACGCACCGUCCGCCCCUACGAACUCCAGAUAUGCGCCCUCAAAUGCCUAUGCGCCAAGAGCAUCGAUGGAGUCCACUCGAUCCAAGUACGAGCCCCAAGGUCGACCUUCGUUAGAAUCCAACGACAGCAACGCAGGCGUACGCGCAGUCUCGGACCCCUACAAUUCGUCACCCCAAUUCCCUAAUUCAUUUUCCCCACCGCAAGCCCAACUUAAUCCUGGCGCCCAUCACCCAUCCCUCUCAAAGGCGCAUUCAUACUCACCUCUUAGGUCAGAGUACAACGCAUCCGAACCUUCGUACGGUAACCCAUACCAGCCAGCGCCUACCGGAGGAGUACCCGCCCCAUCAUACGGGGGCUUCCAGCCGCUAUCGGCCAGCUUCGAUGACCCGCCCGUGGAUGCAGGUGGCUUCCAACCCCCCACGAGCUCCUUCGAACCUUCAUCGUUCCAGCCUUAUCAGCCCUCAGAAGAAAGUUCCGCGGAACAGUCCCUCCGGCCCAAGAAGUCUUUCAUGGACGAUGACGACGACGAUGACCUCGCUACCCGGGCCGCAGCUCUCAAGAUCUCAUCUAACUCCAAGUCGGACAAUGAUCGCCUAGCAGACGAAGCGUUCCGCAAGGCCGCCGAGGAAGACGCAAAGCGCGACAAGCAGUCCUCUUUACAGAAGAAGUCUAGCGGUUGGCUCGGCGGGUGGUUCGGCGGCGGCGCAAAGAAAGACAACGCCAUGCCGACGAACAAGCCCAUCAAGGCCAAGCUCGGCGAAGAAAACAGCUUCAAGUACGACCCCGAGCUCAAGAAGUGGGUCAACACCAAGGGCGGCGCGGCGGAAGCGACUAAGCCCAUUGCUACUCCACCCCCGCCACGCAGCGGGCCGCCUAGCAGGGCCGUUUCAAGUCAAAAUGCCAUGGGGCCGCCGAGUUCCCUACCCAAUGCGAACGGACUGCCGGUACCGCCGACGUCCAACCCGUCUCAGCGUAGCUCGUCCAUGCCGCCUCCUAUGGGCCUGCCAGGCUCGAGGGCCAGCACGCCUGGCAUCCCGUCUGAUAGCGAGGGACCGAGGCCACCCGUUUUGACCAGACCCAGUCUGCCGACCGGACCGCCGAGCCGGCCUGGCACGGGCAUGAGCACGGCGAGCAGUAUCGAUGAUUUGCUGGGUGCGCCGCAAGCCAGAAAGGGGCCUGCGAAGGGAAAGAAGAAGGGCGGGCGGUAUGUGGAUGUUAUGGCUAAGCCGUGA